UAUGGGUCUUGCUCUUAUCUUACUCAACGCUUUUUUGUUCAUUCAUUUACAAUCCAUCUACUGCUGUGAGGUGUACCGCUUCGUGGAGAGCAAUGDCUCGCAGGCUCUUGAUGGUCACGUGAUCAAGACUGUAAACCACCCAAUUCUCAAUCUAUGCUGGGGUGACUGCGUUUGGCUUCCAUGGUGCUUCUCUAUAAAUGUGCGUCAAACAAUGGAAGGAAUGUUYGUAUGUGAGUUGAACAACUCAAGUAAAAUAGCAAAUCCACAAAAGAUGGUGAAGAGAGGAGGAUGGUCUUACUAUGAAAUGGCGAAUGUUACUGGUACCCGGACUUGCCAAUUAUAUGAAUGCAAGCGAAAAGAAGAUCUUGGCAAUGGAUGGCGUCGCUAUGGUGACGCUGCUAUCAAGCUAUUUACAGAGAAGAAGAACUGGACCGAUGCUCGUAAACAUUGUCAGUCGUUAGGUGGUGAUCUUCUCUCCAUUACCAGCGCACACGAAAACGACUUUGUAACAGGGGUCUAUGUAGAGCAACAAAAAUUAUCCUUCUUCAGAAAAGAUCAUACAGAUAUUGGUGCAACUUACCAAUUAUGGAUGCUGAAUCAAUCGACAGCUGCUGUACAGUUGCUAGGAACGCCUAGCGAAGUACCGCAGUACAAAGACGUAGAUGGAGACAGAGCUUUGUUUUUUCCAUAUGGAGGGGGAAGUGGUUCMAUUAAUGGAGUCGAUUUCAAUCUAGAUGGUUUUACUAUUACAUUUUGGAUCAAGCCUCUUAGUGGUGCAGCUGGCAAAUGGGUUCAGGUCAUCCAUUGUAUACCACAAACUGGUGCCUCAAUGUUCUUCUACUACAAGAUAGAAACGACAUCCCUUGUUAUUAACAUACAAGAUACCAGGACAUAUCAAGUGCACAUGGACUAUGAUGUUUGGCAGCACGUUGGCCUGAGUGUAAAUGUCUCCACUCGUCAGUGUCAUUUCGUUGUCGGUCUGACAGAGAGAUCUUGGACAUUCACGACAAUUGCCAGUAUCACAAACAAGAUGAAUUUUGAAUUUCGAAAGAAGAAAAGUUUGUAUGGAUACCUCAGCCGAUUGUUUGUCUAUAAAAGAGCAUUGGACAUMAAUGAGAUUAAAACAUUUGCAAGUAAGUAA